GUAAAGCUGGGCUGGUGGAAGGCGACUUCUCCUGGGUUGGACAGCCCACUCCUCCUCGGUACAUGUAGCCAGUCAGCCAGUGAGCCAGUCAGUCAGAAACCAAGCACCCAGCUUCAUGUGUUGUUGUUCUCUCUUAAUCCAGCAGCACUUCGUGUCUCUGUGUGCAUGAUUUAAAACAACCGAGACAGGAGAUUAUGACUGAAAACACCUGGGCGCGGCACAGUUUUGGAUAAAAAAAACCUGGAGGAGGUCGUGCGCAUUUUUUUUUUUUUGUCUUUUGUAUUUCCUUGCUUGAAUUGUCGUGUGGACAUUUUGUGGAUUUUUUUUUUUUUUUUUUUUAAAUCUUGGGGAUCAUUUCUUCGCACUUGACGCUUUUAAGUUUGAAAGGCUGAAUACUUUUAAGGAGGACAAAAGUUGCGCACUGGGCCACUUUAAGUAAAGAGAGGUAAAGGGGGGGGGGGGGGGGGGGGGGACGUUAGCUCUUAGCUGCUAACACUUAGCACCGAUUAAAACCUAUUGAACUCCCGGAGCUGAAGCGAGCUAAUGCUCACUUAUCCGAGGGUAUUUUUUCGGAUAGUACCACCUUCCUCCUAACACCUGGACACAAAUAAAUGAGACGCAGACUUCGACGACAUUUCUAGAUAAGCAAAUUGUUCCAUCAUCUGCUGUCCACUGGGAUCCAGGCGCUUGAGUCCUAAAUGACAAGUGCCUGAGGAUGUCCAAGCGGAGCUUGUUUGUUCGUCUGGUGCCCUGCCGCUGCUUGCGAGGCGAGGAGGAGGCGGUAACAUCGCUGGACUACUCCCACUGCAGCCUGGAGACUGUUCCUAAGGAGAUCUUUAGCUUUGAGAAGACCCUGCAGGAACUCUACCUCGAUGCCAACCAGAUCGAGGAGCUGCCUAAACAACUGUUUAACUGCCAGUUACUCCACCGACUGAGCAUGCCAGAUAAUGACCUAACGGUGUUGCCGCCAGCGAUCGCAAACCUCAUCAAUCUCAGGGAGCUUGAUGUCAGCAAAAACAGUAUCCAGGAGUUUCCAGAAAACAUAAAAAACUGCAAAGUCCUAGCUAUUGUAGAAGCCAGCGUGAAUCCCAUAUCCAAGCUCCCUGAAGGCUUCACCCAGCUUCUGAGUCUGACACAGCUCUACCUGAACGAUGCCUUCCUCGAGUUCUUACCAGCCAGCUUCGGAAGGUUGACUAAGCUACAGAUCUUGGAGCUGAGGGAGAACCAGUUAAAGAUGCUGCCAAAAAGCAUGCAGAAGCUCACGCAGCUGGAGAGGUUGGACCUGGGGAGUAAUGAGUUCACUGAAGUGCCUGAGGUGUUGGAGCAGCUGAGUGGAAUCAGGGAGCUGUGGAUGGACGGGAACAGACUGACAUUUUUACCUGGGAUGUUGGGGAUGCUAAAACAGCUGGUAUACCUCGACGUGUCCAAGAACAACCUGGAGAUGGUAGACGAGCAAAUCUGCGGCUGCGAGAAUCUGCAAGACCUCCUCCUCUCCAACAACGCCCUCACGCAGCUGCCAGGCUCCAUCGGCUCGCUGAAGAAACUGACCGCACUGAAAGUGGACGAGAACCAGCUGAUGUACUUGCCAGACUCCAUCGGAGGGCUGACGUCUCUGGAUGAGCUGGACUGCAGUUUCAACGAGAUCGAAGCGUUGCCGUCUUCCGUCGGCCAAUGUGCCAGCAUCCGCACCUUCGCCGCUGAUCACAACUUCCUUACGCAGCUUCCCCCCGAGAUGGGCAACUGGAAGAAUGCAACCGUGCUGUUCCUACAUUCCAACAAGCUGGAGUCUUUGCCUGAGGAGAUGGGCGACAUGCAGAAGCUGAAGGUCAUCAACCUCAGCAACAACAAGUUAAAGAAUCUUCCCUACAGUUUCACUAAACUGAACCAGAUGACUGCAAUGUGGCUGUCCGAAAAUCAGUCAAAGCCCCUGAUCCCUCUCCAGAAAGAGGAGGAUCCAGAGACGCACAAGACCGUGCUGACCAACUACAUGUUCCCCCAGCAAAUCCGGACCGAGGACUACAUCCCCAACUCAGAUUCCGAGAGCUUCAAUCCAGCUCUGUGGGAGGAACAACGCAAGCACCGAGCUCAGGUGGCCUUUGAGUGCGACGAGGACAAGGACGAGAGAGAAACGCCCCCGAGGGAGGGAAACCUUAAGCGCUACCCUACGCCGUACCCAGACGAGCUGAAGAACAUGGUGAAGACGGCCCAGUCCGUGGCUCACAGGCUGAAGGAGGACGAGUCGAGUGACGAGUCGGGGAAAGACUCGAGACCAAUCGAGAGGAACCACAUCGGAGUGCAGGACGUGGGAGUAAAGGUCAUAGAGGCGCCCUGUGCGAACGGCGUGGCGUCAGACGUGGAGCCCCAAGUCUCUAACAACACGCACGCCGAGAACUCCUCUGCACCGGAGUCAAAGGACACGUCGGAGUCUUUCAGCUCCCAGAAAGUCCCGCUCAAAACUUCAGGCGGCUCUAUGAUGAACCACGAGGACACACUGGAGGAUUCUGAGGAGCUGUCUGAUGAAGAAGAGGAGAUGAAGAUCGCAGAGAUGAGACCUCCUCUCAUUGAGAUCUCCAUCAACCAGCCCAAAGUCGUGACUUUAAGUAAGGACAAAAAAGAUGACGCAGACUCUUUGCUGGACGAGACGGUGGCCAACAGCAACCAGAACAACAGCAACUGUUCGUCUCCUUCGCGCAUGUCCGACUCGGUGUCUCUAACCACAGACAGUAGUCAGGACAACUCUCUGUGCACGCCUGAGAGAGAGGCCAAGAUGCCCUUCCUACCCAAAAGCCGGCAAGAAGAUGAGAACAUGAACCAGCCUAAAGACACCACCCCUCUCCUCCAUAACGGCAACGGCUCCGAGACGUCCCUUCAAGCCCUUCUGAAAACCCAGCAGACCCCGCCAGAGAAGAUGGGCGACUACGACCUCUCCAUGGAAGCCAGACUCGCCUUCAUCGGGAAGGGAAUCAACAACGGCAUGGGAGAAACUUACACCAAGUGGGACCAGAUCAACAUGAACGUGUCCAAGCUGCCGACUGACAACAUGGUUCAGCUGGACGAGGCGGACAAAACCAAGAACGGCUCGCUAACCCAGGAGGACUUGGACGGCAAGCAGGGCUACAGCAACGACAACAUGGAGCAUUUUCUGAAUGGAAACCAGCAGGUCAGUGACUGCAUCAAUAGUCUGGGGAACAAAAGCCAAGCGAUGAGAGUCGAGACAUCUGCUGUGCAUGUGGCCUCGACAGGCGUGACAGCCAGCAGUGACAUGUCUCUGUCUCGCAGCACAGAGGAACUGUCUCCAGAGAAAAGGUGCCAUCCCCCGCAGGUGAUGAAGUCUCACAGCGUUAGCAACAUAGAAACAGGAGGCAUGAAGCUGUACUCCUUCGAAGGGGACGCCGACUCCUACGACGCAGCGGGAAUGGCGAGGAUGGCGGGAUCUGGCUCGGGGCUGGGGGCUCAGGGUCAGAGCAUCGUCAGGAGCAAGUCAGCCAGUCAGUUACUCAGUGAUCAGACUCUGCAGGUCUACCCCAGCUCAUCUGCAUCUUCCUCAGACCUGCUCUCCUCUUCCAUGCCCCCCGUCAGCACAAGCAGAUACCCGGUUUCCUCCAGCAUGGCCAUGGGCAUCCCUCCUCCUCAAUACAACAUACAGUACACAAGCAGUGCCAUGUCUAAAGAGGGCCUCUGGGCCCAGAGGACGCCCAUGCCCCCAGAGCACCAAGGCUACCUCCCUCCUCCUCCUCACUCAUUAGCCAACACCAACUACUCCAACCGUAAUCAGGCACCGCCCUAUCCUCUGCAGCCCCAGCAGAGGGGGCCUCCCAUGGGUCCCAAGCCCUCUGGGGACAUGUGGAGCAUGGAGAGACUUCAUUCCGCAGGAGGCCAGACUAGAAGCAGCACUCUGCAGAGGCAAAGCAGCACCGCCUCCACGGCUUCCAUGGCCUCCAUCGGUGACCCCAGGCGGAUGCAGGUGCCUGACGGAGAGUACUUGACGUACAGGGACAUACACACCCUCGCCAGGGGACCGCUGGCGAUGAGCCAGGCCAUGCAGAGGCCCCUCUCGGCUCGCACUUACAGCAUCGACGUACCCGGAGCUUCCAGGCCUCUCGGCGCCAGGCCGCAGCCCCACGAGCUUCCAGAGAGGACCAUGUCGGUCAGCGACUUCAACUACCAGCACGGCAGCCCCAGCAAGAGGCCCAACACCAGGGUGAAGUCGGAGCACUCGCUGCUGGACGGGCCCGGACAGAUGUCAGGAGGACCGGGAAGGGUGCCAAAUGACUGGAGAGACCAGGUGAUGCGGCACAUCGAGGCCAAGAAAAUGGAAAAGAACGCGCUGUCUCGCUCCUAUAAUUCCAAUAACGCUCCGCUGAGCUGGUCUCACUACGGCAGCUGUAGGGACAUGCAUGCCAGCCAAGGGUCCCUGGUCUUUAGUGCCAGGGACGGACAGCCCUACGGAGCUCUGGGCUUCUGCGACGACGUGUUCAGUCCUCAAGGGCAGCAGCAGCAGGGCUACACACUGGACCCUCACAGAAAAGUGCCUUUGAUGAACGGUCAGAUGGGCCCUUCUGUUCGCCCUCAGAUGAGCCAGGCGCCCAUGGCUCGACACCCUUCCAGAGAGCAGCUCAUCGAUUACCUGAUGCUCAAAGUCUCCCAUCCGCCCCAGGGGCCGCCGCGCAUGCCGCAAGACGCACUGCAGCAAGAGAUCCGUGUGAAAGUGGAGAAGAAUCCAGAGCUGGGUUUCAGUAUAUCAGGAGGAGUCGGAGGCCGGGGAAAUCCCUUUCGUCCAGACGAUAAUGGUAUAUUUGUGACGAGGGUUCAACCUGAGGGACCGGCGUCGAAGGUUCUGCAGCCCGGAGAUAAAAUCAUCCAGGCAAACGGAUACAGCUUUGUGAAUAUCGAUCAUGGGAACGCAGUGUCCCUCUUGAAGACAUUUCCAAACACUGUGGAUUUGAUUAUCAUAAGAGACAUGCAAGCGUAAAGAAAGGAAAAGAAAAAAAACUGACCUCGACACGAGAAGAGAAAAUUUAUGUUGACUCUCAUAUUUUUCUACACAGCGGAGAGACUGAGAUCUGUUGAUACCUGUUGGGACUAUUUAUAGUAGAGAUCUUCAUAGCCUUGACUUAAACAAAACAAAAAAACGGGGAUAAAAACCACUGAAUGUAGUGGAUCAAAGUGAGACGGCGGCAAACCUCUGCAAGUACGAGUCCUCAAAAGGCCAUCACUGUGGUAUAUAUAUUUUUCUACAAAAGAAGCUGAAGAUACGACCUGCUCUGAAGCAAAUAAUUACUGUGGUCUCUGUACAGAUCAUCCUUUUUUUCUUUGUUUUCUUCUCCCCCCACACAAAUCUCUUAAAUCCUUCAUCAUGAAUUAGGUUUUCUCUCUGCAGCUCGACAUGAAUUGACCACUAGCUCUUCUGUCAUCCAGUUUUUUUUUUAAUUUAAGAUGUUGAAACCUUUCUCCGGUCUGCCGUGCGAUCUUAUACGGAGGACAAUGUUACGUGCUUUUCAUGUGGAGACGAAUGUAGAUCAAGGAGGAGGUGUUUUGUUUUUUUUGAGACGGAGGAAAUCAUCCACCCCUGCUUCCAUUUUCCACUCCUCCUCCUCCAGCUUUCCUCACAGCAACUGCUCGGCAUAUCACCAAACCCAAGACCACUAACCUGAGCCGCAGUACAAACAGAUCUCGAGCUCCUUCGAGAGGAAAAGCAGUCUGAUCGUUUAAUGAGGCCGGAAAAUGGGAGAGGAGAGCCUUAAAAGUUUUAUCAAUCGUUUGACAUUUUUGGAUUUGUUUCCAGGCGAUGAGACGAGAAGAUUGAAGCCCAGGCAGCUUGAGGCAGCACACAGACUGGAAGCUCUGUCAGAAAAGGGGAAAUCCACCUACCAGCACCUGUAAAGCUCACAGCAUGUCCAAUCUCGUUCAAUACGCACAAAAAACUGACGUUUCCUCGUUUAUGAGGGCUGCCUGCCGAUGGCAUAGCAUCGAGGAAUGGCACCUGACCCUCAGCACGAAAAUAAGCUGUACUUUUCCAAACGAGAUCCAACAUGUUCCGACACGCCCAGCUAACAGUUUCCCUUCGUUUCCAGUCUUUGUGCUAAGCUAAGCUAAGCUAAGCCGGAGGCAGUGGCUCGUCUAUUUUAAUCAUCUCUGAUUUUUAAAUGUCCCAAAACGUUCCCAAACUUUUUUUUUGUGAAGCAGAGAAACGUUGGAGCGGUGAACUGCUAGUUGAACCAAAGCAAGUUUUUUGGACAGAAGGCAAAAAAAAAAAGCAAAGAGGCAACUGAAGAAAGAUAUUUGAACACGAACACGUUUCACUCGUGUGUUUUUUAAUUUUUUAAAGGGCUUCAUCUUUCAGGCGGCCAUCGGAGACAUGAGCGUGUGUUUGUCUGUGUGUGUGUGUGUGUGUGUGUGUGUGUGUGUGUGUGUGUGUUGUCGGGGUUUCAACAUCUGGCAGUUUUAUUUUAUUUUUUACAUGGGAGAAGACCACAGUUUGCCUUUUUGUGUCUUUACAGAUGUUUCCUCAUGCUUUUUACUCACUCACCUUGGAGCAGUUUCUUUUUCUUUUGGCUGUACAGAGUCGAAACUGGGAGAAGCAAAAGUUGUCAAGUGCCAUAGACCUUGAACUGUUUGAAUAAAGGGGAAGGACCUUUUUUUUUUUGUUGUUGUUUUGUUUUUUGACCCCAGAGCCCAAGCAAUAUUCACAUCUUCACAACCUUCUGAGUACAUCUGCAGCAUAACGGACGGCUUCAAAAGAAAAGAGGGGAAAAAUAGAAAGAAGAAGCAAUAUUCAAAGCCUUUAUUUUCAUCAGAAAAACAACAUCAGAUAGCAUUUUUAAAAGAAACACGACCUUUUAGUAUCCCUGAGGAUGAUUUUACAUGAUUUUUAUAUUGUAAACUAUCUUUUUUUUUUGUAAUGAAAUAGCACAGGAGAUAUAUACGGUAGUGCUAAAAAACAAAAACAAAAAAAGACUUCUCUGCAUUGUGUAAAAGUGAAUGUUUGUCUGCCGCUUAGAUUCCCAAUAAACUCCCUGUUCAUGUUCAUCUGUGCAAAAUAAUCAGUCAGAGCCGCGUCUCCAAACAUUCCUAACGUCUGUUUUUAUGAAAUCCACCAUCGCGUCUCUUCUCUGUGUUUAACAUUCACGUGUAAAUAACUUUUCAGUGAGACGUGUUUCCGAAAGACACGGAAACGAUUUUUUUAAAAAUUCACGCGAGCGACGGAUAAAUAUAAAUUCUCACAGCACAUUCGUGACCACUGAAUUGUUUGUACGAUAUAUAUAUACAUACAGAAAAGUGUUUGACAGUAGAGCGUGUCGUCUACUGGAUGACCCAGAUUUCGUGCACGUGACACUGUCGAACCAAAAUGAAAACACUGUGGUGAUUAACACAAAUUAAACGUCCCUUUAAUAAUAAUAAUAAUUCUAGUGAUACUGUUUUAAAGGUAGCUGCACCCUUCCUUUUUAAAUUUUUUACUCGCAGGCAAAUGACAAUAUAUAACGUGCGAUCCCCAAACUCCUCACAGAACAUGAUAGUAUUUUACACAGAUGAAUUAUUGUUUAUAUUAUUUGUAUUAAUUUUGUUGGUGUUUUGUUUUGGUGACUUUCUAAAAGUAGGGGAAACAUUUCCGGGGUGAUGGUCACUGUAUUCAUUGCAAAAACAAAAAAAACAAGUCUGACAUUGUAGACAAUCUUGGGAGAUAAAACGUUGAAAUGUUUGUCACAUUUUUCUUCAUCCAUGUCUGUUUCUUACGCUCCCAUAUUCUUAUUUAUUUAGCGGUCUUCUGUGGGGUUUUUUUUUUUUUUGUAGACCUUACUAAUCAAAUUGUAAAUACUCUUUAAAAAAAAGAAAACCAACCGAGAAAAGAAUUAAUAAUGGCAUUAGUGACUUGCGAUUGUAAAACCAGCAAUAAAUUGCAAUGCGGAGGCGCCCGUUUUAAUGUAUAGCUAGUGUUUCUAAGGUUUCUCUGGAAAUAGCCACAGUGAGAUGAUGAUGAUGAUGAUGAUGAUGAUGAUUGAUAUGCAUUUAUCCAACAUUCCAGAUUUUGUACAUAAUUACCUGUUUCUGAAGUAACCUGUGGAAAAUAAAAACUAAUGCUCUUUA